AUGAACAGUACGUCACAAAUAGCUAGUGUAAAAUGGACGCAAAGCGCUUUGCGAGUAUUGGCCACUACUCUGCAGCUGACGUCGUACAUGUAUCCAGAACAGGCCUUAGUCCAUGAAUAUUUAGAAUCUAACUUCGUUCCAGAUGGUGACGUAUUCGACUACAUAGUAGUGGGUGCAGGAUCUGCUGGUUGUGUGAUCGCGAACAGGCUCACAGAGGAUCCUACGUCGAGAGUCUUGCUGGUAGAAGCUGGCGGUGAUCCCCCUCUAGAAUCAGAUUUACCGGCCUUACAAAUAUAUACAAUACACGCACAAGAAGAUUGGAAUUACACAUCAGUAUACGAUGGAUACUCACAAGAAUGUCACACGCCUCCCGUAGCAGAUAUAACGAGAGGGAAAAUGCUGGGAGGUUGCAGUAGUAGCAACAAUAUGUACUAUGUCCGAGCUAACCCUCACGACUAUGACAAUUGGGCAACAAUAACCAAUGACGACACUUGGAAAUAUAAUAAUGUCCUUCCAUAUUUUAUAAAAAGUGAAAAAAAUCAAGAUCCAAACAUUUGGAAUACACCAAAUGCACGCUUUCAUGGUAAAGACGGUUACCUAGGAGUCACUAAACAGUAUUCCAAUAUAACUAAUAAAUAUCUUAAUGCUUUUAGUGAACUCGGAUUUGAUGUCGUGUUUGACACAAAUGGAAAUUAUACGCUUGGCUUCAAUGAACCAAUGCUAACGAUUGCUAAUGAUUCUCGACAAAGCACGGCCACAGCGUUCCUCUCGCCUAUUAAAAAUAGACCCAAUUUACAUGUUUUAAAAAAUACUCUGGUCACUAAAAUUAAUUUUGAUAAAGACAAUAACGCCGUUAGUAUUGAUGCGAUUAAAGAAAAUAACGAAAGAAUAGCAAUAAAAGCAAACAAAGAAAUCAUUGUAUCAGCUGGAACUAUAAAUUCUGCACAGUUACUUAUGUUGUCUGGUGUAGGUCCUAAGAAACAUUUAGAGGAUUUAAAUAUUAAUGUUAUCUCAAACUUACCUGUAGGAGAGAAUUUGCAAAACCAUAUGAUGAGUAUAUCAGUAUAUGCAUUGGGAGAAAGACACAGCUCUACUGAACCUCCAAGUCCCCACAAACACUCAGUACCAACCAUUUACGGUUUUGUCGCCAUGAAUAAAUCACAAUUAUAUCCGGAUUAUCAAACCGCCAGCAACAUCAUGAAUGACGACGAUCUAUUGCAAAAAUGUGCUUUUUUCUAUUAUUUCAAGAAUGAACUUUGUGAUGCUUUUUACGAACAAGUGAGAGGAAGGGAGGUUAUGAUUUCGUUAACAACUCUGCUUCAUCCGAAAUCUCAUGGUCGUAUUUUGUUACAAAGCGUGAAUCCUCUUGAUUACCCGCUGAUUUACACGGAUUACUUUACUCACAAUGCAGAUUUGAAGAAUCUCAUUACAUACACACAAGAUGUCUAUCGUUUAAUGAAUACAAGUUACUUCAAGGAGAUGAACGCAAAAUUUUUGAUUCCACCAAGUUGUGCUUUGCUCGAACCAGAUAGCGAGGAAUUCUGGAAAUGUCAAAUACUGUGCAUGGCAACACCAGCCAAUCACUACAUAGGAACCUGUGCAAUAGGAUCUGUAGUGGAUGGGCGACUGAGAGUAUUAGGUGUGCAGAAAUUGAGGGUGGCAGAUGGGAGCGUUAUUCCCGCAAUGACUAGUGGAAACGUUAAUGCUCCUAUUAUUAUGAUUGGCGAAAAAGCUGCAGAUUUUAUAAAGGCAGAUAAUAAAGUUUAACUGAAUUAUAAUUACAAUUAUUUGCAAAAUAAAUU